CCAGUGCUGUCACGAAGGUUGAGUUGGUUAUCGUGAAUUACGAAACACAAAGUGACCAUCAGGUCUUUUGUUUUAUGCGGCUUCCAUUUAAGGACGUAGCUUACAAACACUGUUUUUGUGUAUAGAGAAAACAAAUAUUGCACCAGAUUCGAUCUUGGGAAAAGUGCGCAAUCACUCAGUCUGUUGUGAUGAAACUCACGGAUGCGGUAACCCUUCUCACUGUACUCUUAACAUCCGUGGCAAUCUCCAAAGCCGGCGGUCCUGACUCUGGUAACGAUCCCGGUACUGGCUCUGGUUUUGACCCAGGUACUGACCCCAGUCCUGACCCCGAUCCUGACAUCAAUCCUGACCCCGGUCCUGACCUCAAUCCAGACCCCGGUCCUGACCUCAAUCCUGACCCUGGUCCUGACCUCAAUGGUCCUGACUCCGAUCUUGACUUCAGUCCUGACCUCAAUCCUGACCUUGAUCCUGGCUCCGGUCCUGACCCCAGUCCUGACGCCGGUCCUGAACCGAGUCUAAGCACAGGGUCUGGUCCGAUACCAACGGCACCUCAACAGAUCGACAUCUUGGCUGUUGUUGCCCCAGUCGUAGCGGGCUGUCUACUUGCAACUACCAUCGUCAUUCUUUUGAGCUUUCUCCUCUACCGGCGCUGUAGACGGAGCCGAAAAUUCGAGCCAGGCGUGAGUUUCCAGGCGACGGGAACAGACAGAUCAUCAUCUCGCGUCAAUAUAACAGGUUCUCACUUCACUAAUACGGGUAAGGUCAUCCAUCAACCAGCAGAUGAGGAUUCACUGACGAACAGACAGCAAUCCCUCUACCAAGAUCUGCUGAAAAACCAAGGUGAUGGGCGGGGAAAGUCCAAGCAAACACGUGAACAGACUGCAGACGAUGGGACCAAGCUAAAUCAAGAGGACAAUCAGAAAUAUGAAAUUCCCAUCAAAAAGACCAAUCCGAAUGUAAGAGUCAGUGAACCAUCAGUCCAACCCGACUACCUUCAACCCAUCAUGAAACCCCGCCCCUCGCAGCUUAAGAGUCAACCUAAGAGUCUGAAAGCUUCUUCUGGUGUCGAUUAUUUCUACGAAGACGCGAGCUCCACCGAACUUCCUAACACAGGACCCAAAGAUGUUUCCGCUCCGGAAAAGGUCUUAGAGAGUCAGGCUCAGUCGGGGACUGGUGAUUAUGCCUAUGUUGAAACUGGAAGGGACAUAAUUGAAUAUGCGUAUGCUGAUCAGUACUAGUGGUGUUAAUAAUUAGACCAGUAGGAUCACUCCUAGAAAAAAAACCACUGCACGCUUAAAAUACGUGGACCACACUUUUACAGGAAUGAAGAUAGUUUUACAGAUUUCGUAGCGUUUGUUUCUCAUACCGAGUAAAUUGAAUAUAAUUAUGUUAUUCUGUUUAGUUUAAUGUUUUUAGAAAUUAGUCAGAAAUAAAUUUUAAAAAUUUGAAACUAUUUUGAAACACUGCAGCGUUGCUGCCAGAAAAAAUAGCUUUGUUUUGGAGCCCAGUGCAUAUAUUAGGCAAAGCUAGCAUCGAGAAUAGUUCAUUAUCAAUUUUAAAAACCUUAGAUUUAUGCGUAAUAAUCAGUUUUGAAAAAUUUCAACUCCCAAUAAAUGGUCAAAAAUAACAAAAUACAUAGGCCUUACCAUUUUAUGAACGAAUUUUCGCAGAAUUUACUACGUUAAACAGUAAUAACUCUACCACCUUCCCCCCAAAAGGGCUGACUUGUGUAUGCGAUUCUAAAUAUAAUCGUUUUUUGUUUUUUUUGUUGAGAGAUUCGCAAAUUAGUUUGCAGUUUAGCGAAGUUUUCUCAAGGUUCCCCAAAUCGAACAAUGUACAUGUACAUUUAUACGACAUUAUUAAAUGACAUUACCAUUGCAAUGAAUCAUAGGCAGAUUCUUGAUUCAUGGCUGUGGCUUGCAAUGACAAAAUGAGUCCACGUGACGGCCAUCAAUCUUAAGUAAUUCAGAUGCAGCCUGAAAUACCGAACAACACAUAAUGUCUCAGCUUUUGCUUGAAAAUUGUGGAAGAAUCUUGUUUAAGCAUGCCACGGUGUUUUGGCAAAGUUAGUGUCCCAUAAAAAGAACAACACUCACAUUUUGAGAUAUUUUGUGAAGCAGUGAUGUAGGGUUUUCUGUUGUGGAGUGAUUUUGUUUUUAUGUGCUUUUUCUUUAGAUUUUAGGGCUUAAAUGUUUUUGUUUUCUGAGAAAGUGUGAUUUGAACAUGAAUAGUUGAGACGUUUGGGUAGAAGCACUUGGAAUUUUUGUGAUAAAAAAAAACUACAGAGACAUACUUGAUUUGGUAGAUCUACAGAUCUAAAACUGAUUGUGUACUUUUGGGGUGUGUUAUUUUCUCAGUAGUGAAAUCCGAAUUUUCAAGCUUGGUUAAUAUGAUUCAGAUAUAAUUCUUAUCUACUGCCGAGUAUCUUUGUUUUUAAAAUCACACAAUUGAAAAGACUCCUGGGUGAGUGCACAAAUAAAAUUAAUGUUUCCGACUUUUAAUUAAUUUCUGAUUCAAUCAGGGUUUGAGGAAAAAUUGAGACUAUUAUUUUAUAAUUGACUUUUUCAAGCAUAUGUGAUCAUGGCUGUUUGCCCCUAUCCACCCUUAAUGGGGGUGGGGUCGUAUUGCAGAAGGAGGGGGGUAUAAACCCAGUGAAAGACGUAUUUUUUUCUUCCCUCAAAUUAAGGAUUACAUUUUGGUAUAUUGUAUUAUAUGUGAUUGUAAUGUACAUUCUGUGUAUUAUUGACAAAUUAAAUCUCAGAAUAUAUGAUAUAAAUCUUGUGAUAAUUAUACAGAGAGAUGUGCAAUAGACCUAAGACCUAAUGACGUCACGCUUUGUUUAUGCGCGCAUGACGUCAUUAGAUCUCAUGACUAUUGUGCAUUGUUUUUGGGACUUUACUCAAAUACUUGACUAGUUUGAAAUACACGAGUGGGGUUUUGACUAAAAAUAUAUAUUGUUCCUCAAGUGGUAGGGAUGUUGUAUGUGUUAGUUAUUUUUGACCUGGUUUAAAGGUAUGGGGUCAUUUGCUUUUCGUGUGUUUUGUUUGCAGUUUCCAAU